CGCGACUUUCAACAUAAUAAAAUGGCCGAAAACUGAUUUUUCUUUGCGGACGUGCGUUGUAGGAAAUUUUUAAAGUUUAUUCGCGAACAAAUGACACAGAUCGAAAAAACAAUAAUGUUCUAAAGGAACGGGAAUUGUAUCAUCACGAUUCGUGGCUGGUCGAGCACGUUUAUCGCGAUUUGGAUUGCACGGUGGGAGGAAUUUAUAUAUUAUAGUUAUCUGGCGUUGAAACGUCCGGUAAAUUUCUGAUGGUUUUUUCGAAAUAAAACUUCGCGCUUAAAUGAGUGCUAAAAGGCAGAAUAAGUGUGUUUUGUGCGACUCGAAAUUAGAAUCCAAGGAAGCCUUGCAGGCACACUUUAGAAAGCAUGCCAACAAAGAAAUAGAUACUCGUGGCAGAAUUGUGAAAACCAACAAAAAAGCAGACACCCAGUGCGAUAUGUGCGGACAAACGUUUGAUUCGAUCACUGCGACGAUAAGGCAUAGAUUUAAAGUUCAUCCAAAUUCACCGACGAAAUUUUAUUGUCAUUAUUGCGGAAUGCAGUUUCCUUUAAAGACGCACAGGGAUAAUCAUCAAGCAUCGCACGAUUCGUCCGAAAGUGAAAGGAAAGAACAACACAAGAAGUGCGAAGAUUGCGAUGUAUUAUUCUAUAACGAGAAAGCUUUAGAUUAUCACUAUCGUUCGAUACAUAAGAGAAUGGUACAUCUUUUCCAACCGAUUGCAACACCGCCUCCUAGCAAUAAAAUCAAAGUGAACUCUAUGAACGAUGCUCUCAGCGUAUAUUACUGUCAUUUAUGCGGCGCUGAGUAUAUUAUAAAAUUCAAUCUACAGCAACAUUUGGAACGAGCUCAUACUCAAGAAGAAAGGGAAGCCGUUCCGGAAGACUUAAUAAAAUGUACAGUAUGCGCUGCAUUAUUUUGUAGUAAAAAAGCAUACGAAGUGCAUAACAGCUAUCACCAACCGGACGAUUUAUAUGUAACAUCGGAGGAACAAAGAUUACAAACAGUAACUAAAGUAGAUCAAGAUUUUGAUAUUAGACGGGUAGAAGGGGUAGCCGAUAAGUAUGUUCCAAAAAUUAAUAUGGCUAAAAGACCUGCUAAGAAUGGUAAAAAGACUAAAAAGAUACAGAAAGUAGAAGUAAAGGAAACGGAAAAUUAUCCGUCUUCUGAUGACGAACCCACCGUUACUAACGAAUCUAGCGAUUCGGAUAGCGAUCUUCCAUUGAAACAAAGGAUCUGCAGCUAACAGAAAUCUUUUGUUUAUAAAAUAUUUCCAUACAUUUGAAAGUUUCCAAAUAUCACAACCGUCAUUGUGAAGUUUUCAUUGUAUUUGUUUUAAAUUUUAUGCACGCAUAAGACACAAUUGUAGAUGAUAAUCUCUAUAUUAGUAUUUUUCUAUUAAUAUAUACAUGUAUUUUGGUUUAGUUUUUUGUUGGCGGCAUCUUUCAGUAAAUCAAUUGGUUUGAAGGAAUUAGAAUCCAAAUAAAAUUUGGACUUGAAAAUUGAAUAUGUCUCUACUAAACGGACUCUGAUUAACGACAAGUGUUGAUUUUCAGUUCUAUGUAACUGGCAUAAAUAUUACAAUUUGUUUCUUAGAUCGAGCGUAUAAUUACAUGGGUUUUAAAUAUUAUUGAUUUUAUAAUAAACAAUAUCGCAAUUACACGAAGUAUUUUACGAUUUCAUUUUCUCUACAGAAUCGAGCAUGAACAUGAAUUGUACAAUUAAACCUAUGUAUGUUUAUAUAGAAACCAGAUCGGUAGUCAAC